GAAUACGUGGGUCGAGUGGGAGACCUUGAACACCAUUUCCCAUUUCUACUCAGUGGCCUCUGUGACUUCGUCGAAUAAGCAGGGUUCUGUUUCAGCUCUUCCUUCAUUGAAUAUUUUGAAAAUCGCGACAAAAAUGGCUCUAUCUACUGGGCACAAGGUGGAGGUCCUCGAAGGCGAGGAGUUGGCACGGCAAAUGAAGGACUGGAAAGGCUAUAAAAAUGGUCUGGUUCGUCUUACUCCUGGACCCUGGAUAUUCCCGAAGACUUUCCUCGAUUUUGCUGACAAGUACUUCAAGUUUAAGGUCUCUUCUCCAGUUCCGCCCCAGCGACGUGGUGAUCGCAACCUAAUCCGAAGUGUGGUACCCACUUGGACCCAAGAAAUAGUUUGGACCAUGAGAAACAAUCCUGACCUCAAUAAUCCCCAAAGCUUCACUUCCUGUUCUCGUUAAAUCACCUUUCCUAGAGAUGGACUCGUUGAACUCGGACCCUUUCCCUGAUGCUUCACCUUCUUCAGAUGAUGCAAACCCAUUUCUAGAACCGUUCAAAAUACUAUGUUCAGGGAGGAACCCAAAAGACGGCAUAUGUGUGCAGAUGGCGGAAUGCACGCCUGACCCACGCACCAUCAAGACUCACCUUCCCUUCUCUCUCCUCCCUUCCUUAAUGCUCGACACAUCCAAGGUAGUGUAUGUGGCCAGGAAUCCCAAGGACAUGUUGGUAUCCUACCAUCACCACUGCCGGCUUAUCAAGAUGCAUGGUUAUGUUGGAAGUCUGGAGGAUUUCAUUCAGUACUUCGUGGACGAUGAUUUGCUAUACGGAACAUACGCUGAACACUUAAAGGAAGCAUGGGAGAGGCGUAACCAUCCCAACUUCCACAUUAUGUUCUAUGAGGACAUGAAGGCAGACAUAAUUGGAGAACUCAAAAGGUUAGACGCCUUUCUGGGAACUAAAUUGACACUGCAGCAACUGGACAAUGUGGCUCGACACACGAGCUUCAAAGAGAUGAAAAAGAGAGAAGAGAUAACUUUGGGAAUGGGAACUGGAGACAAAAUAUUCAAUCAAGAGGUUACAAAGAAAGAUGGUGGAUUCUUCAGGAAAGGUGAAACUGGAGACUGGAGGAACAAACUCUCUCCAGAGCUCGCAGCUAAAGUGGAUGCAUGGGUUGAGAAAAACAUGAAGAAUAUUAGUGCGGACUUCAAAUAUUCCAUCUGAAAGUGUCCAGUGACAAUAAGAGUUUUCUUUAUGCAUGUUCAUUAUACAGGUCAAGAUUCUUGAUGUAUUGAUAUAUAUAAUAAUCAUAGUAUUUAAAUCAUUGUAGUAUCUGGAAAAAUGCUUUUAAAUAAGAAUUUCUCUCUAAAA